AACAACGAAAUCUAUGUCGACAUCGAGAUUGAGGCUGGAGAAGAAAGCGCAAAGACAGACGCGCUCAUUGACCUGAACUUCUACGAUUAUGAUGAGAACAGUCUUAGCUUGUCCGGCUAUGAGACGGAAGAGAUUGAAGCUGACGUACUUUUGGACUCGCUUUCUGAGGAAGACUUCAUCGAUGCAUUUGCUCCAACUCCUGCCGCUCAGGAAGUCACAACAACAGUACAAAUACCGUCUGCAGCUACAUCUGUAUCUCGUCUGAUAGAAGAGUACAAGAUGCCGGCAACGGAGGAAGUUGAGUCUAUCACCGCUGCUUCCGACAAAGAGGCUGUCGAGGAAACGUUCAGUCUUCGACGCAAAGAAGGCAAGUCUAGUCUGCAUACUAUAAUCGGAAAUCUGAUGAAAUCCGUAUUUUAG